AUGUUGAUCCAGAAACCUUUAAUUCUCUUUAUUGAUGCAUAUGAUUCAUUCUCAAAUAAUAUCAUUUCUUUACUUGAAACUUCUCUCACCGCCUCAGUGCGAACGGUCAAAAUCGAUGAUCCUAUCCUAUUAGCUUCUGAUGAAGCCUUGCACGAAGAGUUGAGACAUUAUGUAGCAGUAGUAUGCGGGCCGGGCCCUGGAAAUCCGGAGACGGACAGUGAUAUCGGAAUUAUAAAGAAAAUCUGGAGACUUGCCGAUCAGGAAAUGAUACCAGUUUUGGGAAUUUGUUUAGGAUUUCAAAGAUUGUGCUUGGAAUUUGGAGGUCAAGUAAGAAGACUAAAAGGUCCACAACAUGGAAUGAUUAGAAAGGUGGCACAUGCGGGACAAACCGCCGUUGGAGACGAUUCAAUAUUUUGUGGAGUAGGUGAGAUCACCGCUACCUUGUAUCAGAGUUUAUGUGCGGAUAUAGGCCAAGACAAGAUUCUAGAUGAAGAUUGGAACACAUCACGAUGGGAGACAACAGGAAAAUGUCCCAAUUUGAUACCAUUGGCUUGGGUUGAGAGUGCAGAUCUAGAGGCUGAACAUGCGAGAAGUUGCGGUGUGAAAGACAGCAGAGUUUUGGUCGGUGUACGACAUGCAACGAAACCUUUUUGGGCAAUACAAUAUCACCCAGAGUCGGCCUGCACAAACGAUACAAGCAGAGAAAUCUUUAUAAACUGGUUCAAGUUGGCACAAGUUUGGAAUAAAACUUCCAGAAAGACGGAGAUCAAUUACGACGGCAUCAUGCACGGUCAAUCUGCUACACGAGUGAGCCUUCUCCAACAAUUUGAAGCUCUACAAACAAUGCCUGCAUCCCCGACCAGCGAUACUUCGAUCGACAAUAUGAAGCCCAAAAAUAUGUGCAUUUCCCGAACGAUUGAUUUACCAAAGAGUCUUUCUGUGCCCGAUAUUGUGGAAGCCAUACAGGACAUGGGACGAGAUCAUAUUCUAUUGGAAUCUACCAAUUCAGACGAAACUUCCGUCGGAUCUGCAGAUGUCAAGGGAAGAUAUAGUAUCAUUGGCCUCGAUGUUGAUGAUUGUUUGAGAUUCGAAUAUCGUGUAGGGGAUGAAUACAUCACUAAAAUCCCUUCUUCGUCUGGAGAAUACCUUGAUACUAAAGAAGAGAUCGAUCUGAAGUCUUGUGGUGGAGUAUGGUCUUUAUUGGCACAUCGUUUGGAAGUUGCGCGUGUCACUGAAGGUAAUGAAGAGUCACCAUUUUGGGGAGGAUUUAUGGGAUAUACCACAUACGAAUUGGGCCUGGAAACUAUCGAUGUGAAAGUUGAUAGAACUAGCACUCAUGGCAAUCGACCAGAUCUCUGUUUCGCAUGGGUUACUCGAAGCAUAGUUGUGGACCAUGUGAAGAAAAUCAUCUACCUUCAACAAUUGGCCAGUCUUGGUGAUAGCCAAAGUGAUACUACAUGGAUGGAAGCUGUUGCUCCCAAACUUGAGAAGGCGUCUCAACCGAAGUCUGUGAAAAGUACCCGUCAAACGCCUCUCCGACCAGGAGAUCUCGUCUUAGCCUGCGAUCGCAUAAAAGUAUCUCGAAGAGAAAAGCGAGCCUGGUCACCAGUCCGCAGCCCCGCUUCCAAGUUCUCCAUGGCCAUCAGUCAACCCACGGCCGAUUCCUACGAAUCAAAAGUUCGUCGCUGUCAAGAUAAAAUCGUCAGUGGCGACUCUUAUGAGUUAUGUCUCACUGACCAAACCACCAUCACUCGUCUUCGUAGUGAUCCUCCUCAUACAUCAAUCCACAACACCACUGAGUCCAUUCUCCUUUACAACAAGACUCCAAGACCAGCUCCUGCUAAAGGUGCCUGGUCACUGUACAAAAAUCUUCGUACACGUCAACCUGCCCCUUUCGCUUCUUUCCUUCGUCUUGGCCCUGCGACUUUAGUCUCCAGUUCCCCGGAACAAUUCCUCAAGUGGGACAAUCGUCUCGGAAAAUGUUCCCUCCGCCCUAUGAAGGGCACUGUUCGUAAGACCGACGAAGUUUCCACUCUUUCCGAUGCUACCACGCUUCUCAAUGAUCCGAAAGAAAAGGCAGAGAACCUCAUGAUUGUCGAUCUAGUCCGUCAUGAUUUGCAUGGAGUUUGUGGGUCCGGCAACGUUUCUGUUCCACGAUUGAUGGUAGUUGAAGAAUAUGCAUCCGUCUUCCAGAUGAUUUCUGUUGUCGAAGGAUCUUAUUUGAAAUCUGUACCCGAUGACUUAUUGGCCCAUAUGUCAUCACUCACCAUCAAAGACGACAAGAGAACAAAGUACACUGGACUCGACAUAUUGGCUGCCUCUCUUCCCCCAGGAUCCAUGACUGGUGCUCCCAAGAAACGCAGCUGUGAAAUCCUACAAGAUAUUGAACACCACAAAGCUCGUUCUCUAUACUCUGGUGUCGUGGGUUACAUGGAUGUUGGCGGGCGUGGCGAUUUUAGCGUUACCAUUCGAUCCAUGUAUCGAUGGGAUGAUGAGGAUGGUGUCCUCGAAGCAGAAGAGAAAGAUAUUGAGAAAUGGCACAUCGGUGCAGGUGGUGCCGUUACUGCUCUUAGUACCCCCAUCGGAGAGAGAGAUGAGAUGUUGACAAAGUUGAAUGGAACCCUUGGAGUAUUUCGUUAA